UCACUUUCCCAUUAUAAGAAUUUCCGCCAUUAAUCACUUUAAAACCCAUCUCUUUGUUCAAACCCAUCUCCAUUUCUAAUCACUUUCUACAAUUCAAUCCCUCUUCAAGAUUAAUUCAAUGGCCAGCAUCAAAGUCUAUGGACUCGCCCUUUCCACACCCACAUGCAAGGUUCUAGCUUGUCUCUACGAGAAAGACCUCGAAUUCGAGUUUAUCAAUGUCAAAUUGCACGAAGGCGAACAUAAGAAACACCCUUUUCUCUCCAUCAAUCCUUUUGGUCAAAUUCCUGGAUUCCAAGAUGGGGAUUUAACACUUUUUGAAUCUAGAGCAAUCACACAAUACAUCUCCGCAAAUUAUACUAAUAAUGGAACCCAAUUGAUUCCCCAAGACUGCAAAGAAGCAGCUGCAUUAUUAACAUGGAUUGAAGUGGAGAGUCAUCAUUUUAAUCCACCAGCCUCUAAACUUGUGUAUGAGAUAUAUUUAAAGCCAAAGCUUGGAUGGGGUGAGACAGAUGGUGCAGUGGUUGAGGAAAAGGAAGCCGAGUUAGCCAAAGUUGUUGAUAUCUAUGAGAAGAGGUUGGCUGAAUCCAAGUACUUGGCUGGGGAAGCCUUCAGUUUGGCUGAUCUUCACCAUAUUCCAACGUUAGGGUUCUUGUUGGAGACGCAAACCAAGAAAUUGUUUGAAGCUCGGCCCCAUGUCAAUGCUUGGGUGGCUGAUAUCAUGGCCAGGCCGGCUUGGGCUAAGGUGCUUGCUUUGCGCAAGUAAUAUGGAUGGUUUUGACUUUGCAGAUAAGCCUUCACUAUAUCAUGAAAGCUUUAAAUAUAUAUCUAAAUGUUGUGUGUGAUUGUCUUUUGCUUUUUGUCUGUUGUAAUAAGUUGGUUUGUGCAAUUUGUUGUUCAAUGUUUGGUUGAUGCAACUUUUUGUAAUGCUUAGGUGAGGUGUGUCACUUUACAAUCCAAUGGUCAUGUAUAUUAGAUACAAGCAGACAGUUAGACUCGGUUUAUCGAUCAAACCGCUACUAAAUCGACUAGAUUGGUUUAACAAAUGUUCAAAACGACUCCAACCAUGAAAGUGUGCAAACUCCAACCAUGAAAGAGUGCAAACUCAUUGUUGGUUGGUUUAUGUUGAUUCAAACCCUUGAAAAAUCAGUUUGGUCUGUUUUAAUCAAUCGGUUUGCAAUUCAAUUUAUUAUGCUUGCAAUUCGGUCUAUUAUGCUCGUCCUUAAUGUAUAUCUUUGAACUAAAAAUGUUAAUGUUUCAAAGACAAAAAUAAUUUUUUGGUCUCUAAGAAUAACAAUCUAAUCAAUAAACUUUGUUUUCUAACAAUUUAGUACCCGCACUUAUAGAUUUGUAAAAUUUGAUCCCUAAACUUCAAUAAAUAUUAGGUUAGUCAUUAUAUUUCACAAUUUGUAACAACUUUAAUCCCAAACGUGAAAAAUAGUAUUAAGUUUAAUUAAAUUUCCUACCCAUCUUAAAUUGUUAUACUGAUUAAGAGUCGAAUAUGAACCACGUUAAGUUGUAAUUAUCAUCCAAAUGAGUUUGAUUGAGCAUGUAUCUUUGGAGGUAAGGGUUUAAUCUUUCACCUUUCACCUCAUCUUUGCUGUACCAAAAAAAAUUUGACAAUUGAGUUUUAGAUUCUUUCACAAUAAGAGUAAGUACUUGAAAUAAAUUAAAAGUACCAUUUAUAGAAAUGCAUAUACUAAAAAGUAACUUUCUUUAAUCAUAUUUAACUUCUUUUGACAGAGAAGCAAAAUUACCCAAAGUGGAACUUUGCAAACAAAGUCAAUUAUUUCUAUUUUCCAUACAUACAUAAUAAGAGAUAAAGACAAACUACACCCAUGAACCAAAAA